UGAAGGUCUCCAUUCCGAGUCUCGUGUAUUCGCAACCUUCUUUGGCCUCUUAUUUUACGACCUUCUCUUCGCGCAAUCACCGGAUGAUGUCUUCUACUCCAUGCGCCAGACUGCACCGCUUGAUCUCUUCACGGAUGACUUCUACGUUACUCGUCAGUCGGAAGUUGAAACGCGUUUAGAGCUGAUUGCUGGGGCCGAGCGCAAGACCAACGCUCAGCUGAUUUUCCCCCCGCCUCCAUCAUCAUCGCCAACCCGAUCGAUCGGAGAGGACGACUUGGAGGCGCUGGUAUGCACUGACUUCGAUCGGUCUUUUGUGUUUGCAUGCAAUCUAUUGUCCUUCCUAAAUUCUGGCUUCUCUUCAUUGUACGUGUUUCGUGAUCUGUUCAGGCUUGUAGUUUAA